CAGUCACUUCAGCUGUGUUUUUUUUUUUCUUGGUGUGUCCACACACCGUUUCGUUGUGUUCAGUUCCCUGUGUACUCCAAUUCCGCAUCACCACCAUCAUCAUCUUUCCUGUUUUUCUGGCAACAGCAGCAACAACGGCGACAUCAACACCGGGGAAUCCCUCCAUCGAUUUUGUUCCCACUCAUCACUAUCGUGCCGAAAUCAAGGGUCUUUAAUCUGAUUGGAAACGUUCAUUUUCUCUGCGUCUUUUUAUUUUCUUUUAUUCUUCAUCUUGCUUUCUCUCGCGCAAGCCACUUAUCUUCCUUGCAGGCCCACAUUGCUCUUACUCCGUCUCUGACCGGUGCCUGUCUCGUCCGCCUUUUUUUGUCACUGCCGCCUGCGCGACAUUCCACUUUGGUUUCCCUUGGUCUGGUCCUCUCUUCCCGGUUUCUGCUCUGGUCGCACUCACGGCCGCUGUACGCCAACCUGAAGCACACACCUGGAACUCACCUCCCACUCUCCCACAGCACUCACUACCUCUAACUACACUACACGACACGCCAUUGAAUGAAAAGACCCAACGACCUAGACUAAUGAUACUACAAUAACACGAGUUUGAUAUCAUCCGUCCUCAUCUCUAAGCCGUCCCAUCACCUUUUUACUUGUACAGUAAUCGGGCCAAGCCAACCCUUGUCGCUUCUUUCUCGCUUUCCGUUGAUAGUCCGGCCUGGGUAGUGCCAAGGCUGCCCGCCACUGGUUGUCCGGCUUCCCCUAGGUACCUGGCUGGGAUCCAAACUGCCCUGUCCGAUCGUCCCUCCCCAACAGGUGGCCGUCGCUAGGUGCUGGGCCCGUCGUCACUGUCAGUCAGUCAGCAAGCAGCACGCACCCAGCCCCAGACACCUACCAGUAGUCCGCCAGCUUCAUUCACUCCCAACCUCCAAUCCUGUUACCACCACCACCCACCACUCCAACUCGUUUCAACGUCGGGGCAGCUGAGCUGCACACUGCACACACCACACCUCUCAACACCAACUCAAAUCAACACCACUACCACCACCACCACCACUCGAUAUUAACGCGACGCAAUUGUCUCGUCUCCGCGGUUUCUCGUCAUUUCCUGUCUCGCUUCCUUCCCUAUCUGCCAUACCCAUCAUCUUAAUUCGACCCCCUUUCUCGAUCCCGAACGGGGCCGACCGCGGACCAGCGCCAAUCUCGGAACCCCCUUAACCGACUUGGUCAACAAUCCACAAUCAAUCAGCCAUCCGUCCCUGGGCUGGUACGCAGUUGGCAGUUGCCAUCCUGGGCCUCUCUCUCGCCGUCGAAGCAUGUGUGCCGCUACCGCCAGCCGACAAUAAUACCGAAACAUUGCUCACCGAGUAGCCAUUAGCUGCCCAGUUUCCGGGUGCCAUUAUCCACCCGAGAUGCCCUCCUUCGCACCCGACCAGAACUCGCCAAUCUACCAGCACUCCCCCGCCGUCGUACACCUCAACCCUGCCGGUCAAUACGGGCAACCUAACGGCAAGGUCGAUGACCACCCACUUCCUCGUCACUCUCAUUCUCACACGUCAAUCGAGAGCUUCGACGACGAGGGUUCCAGCCAAUCGACACACACCUCUACCGACGAUUUGGACAUCAGCACACGAUUGAAUGGGGACAGUCUGCGACGACAUCCCAACAUGACCUCUUCGCCAAAUGGAGGUGUUGAUGGCGAUGUGGACGGGAUGAGUGGGAAACUACAUGGGAUGAACCUGAACGGGGCAAACAGGGCCGACGGGGGCGCCAGGCUGGGCGGCCAUCAAGUCACGAAAAGCGGGAAGCCGCACCCAAACGGCAGGUUUCCUAUUGCAAUUCCGGACCGGACAGUCCGUCCAACUCCGGACGCUCAAGCGACACACGACCAAAAGGGUGCCUCCCUGGGCUCUGCCAACACUGUUUCAAUUCAUCCACCCCCGGCCAACACGGGAGACGUUCGCACCACCGAGAACGGGACGCCCACGCCCUCCGCCCACCAGACUUCCAACGGAUACUUUCCAUCAUCACCACCAGCUCAGCGGCGUGAUUCGGCACCUAGCAGCCCUUCUUCACCGCAUCGUUACUCGUCGCCGCCCUUGUACAACCCUGCAGCACCCAUCUCAGCCUCCACCAGUGCCCUCGCACCGCCACCCGGUCCCGGUAUUAAACAUCGCCAUACCCUCGAAGUCCCUAGACCUUCGGGUCCUCGUGGAUCCAAGGACGGCUCCGAUGCUACGUAUGCAACCGGUCGCUUCUCACCAACUGGCGUUGCUGGCGUGCGUAGGGCGUCGCUGAAUCUUGCUAGAAGGAACACACGAUCUCUCCACUCGGAAAUGCCUCGCGACGAAGUUGUGCCAGAUGACGACGCAUUGCGAUGGGCCGAAGUCUACAGGGAGAAACGGGCCAGCAAGAGGAGGAAGAGAGAUGCCGAAGACGACGACCGGGUUGUGGUUGGCACCAAGGUCGACGAGACACAUGCCAACUGGGUCACAGCCUACAACAUGCUGACCGGCAUUCGAGUCUCGGUAUCGCGAACGAAUGCCAAGCUUGACCGCCCGCUGACGGACGCUGACUUCGAGGCCAAGCAAAAAUCCACCUUUGACAUUGCUGGAAACGAGCUGGUGCCAUCCGCCAAGUAUGACUUCAAGUUCAAGGACUAUGCGCCUUGGGUUUUCCGACAUCUCCGCGCACGCUUCGGCCUGGAUCCAGCAGACUAUCUCAUGUCACUGACAGGCAAGUAUAUACUUUCCGAGCUAGGUUCUCCUGGCAAGAGCGGCAGUUUCUUUUACUUUUCUCGCGAUUACAAGUACAUCAUCAAGACCAUUCACCAUGCCGAGCAUAAGUUUCUUCGCAAGAUCCUCAAGGAUUACUUCAAGCAUGUUACCGAAAACCCCAACACCCUUCUCUCGCAAUUUUACGGCCUACACCGGGUCAAGAUGCCCUAUGGCAAAAAGAUUCACUUUGUCGUCAUGAACAACCUCUUCCCUCCGCACCGGGACAUCCACCAGACCUUCGAUUUGAAGGGUUCAACAAUUGGUCGCGACUACAAGGAGGAAGAUCUUGACAAGAACCCAAGGGCAACACUAAAGGACCUAAACUGGCUUCGACGACACCGACAUCUCGAACUUGGACUUCAGAAGAAGAAGAUGUUUUUGGAGCAGCUCCAGAAGGAUGUUCGGUUGCUUCAGAAGCUACAGAUAAUGGAUUAUUCUCUGCUUGUCGGCAUCCAUGAUCUUCAGAGAGGAAACGAGGAAAAUCUGCGGGACAAGACCCUACGUGUGUUCAACCCUGGCGGUGAACAUUCACGCGAGGACCCUUCCUCCGUCUUGCUGCGGACUCCAUCCAAGUUGGAGAAUGCGCGGAAGGCUAGGGAAUUGAGGCAGAUGGUCAAAUCCGAGAGGCCAGUUCCUAUGGGAGAGACGAGCAGCCGGAUGCCCGACGAACUUGAGCACAAUCAGAGCCGCGUGGGCUUUGUUUUCAACCAGGAUGACGGAGGAUUCCGUGCAACCCAUGAGGACAACACCCCGGCGGAUGAGAUCUAUUACCUCGGAGUGAUUGACUGCUUGACACAUUACGGCAUCAUCAAGAAACUGGAAAACUUUUGGAAGGGCUUGUCGGGCGAUCGUACUCAGAUUUCUGCCCUCCCCCCUCACGAAUAUGGCGAGCGGUUCAUCAAUUUCAUUGAGGGUAUCACCAUGUCAUGCGAGGAGGCGAUUCGUGAAGCCCAGGAGAGAGACGCACAGAUGCAAGCAGAAGCAGCCCUGGCCGAUCAGGAGCAACAGCGAGCUGGCGCACGCAACGGUCGCUCUUCAACGACAGUACCACCUCUACCCUCUGGUGUUCAGUCACCAGAAGCCGAAUCAACGAUGCAGAGGGCGGAGCGUGAGGCGUACAAGACUGGCGUGUCAGAGGAGGACGUACCGACCAAGACGCUCCGGACGACGCUCUCCCCUGGCAGCCUCGAGCGGAGGGACAACAUAGCUAGCCAAACCAGCAUCUUACCGGUGGUUGAAGAGGCUGCAGAGGGUCGGUCAUCCACCGAGCAACAGGUCCACAAUAGCCGAGUUAGCAACUUGGCUGGUGAAAGCGAGUACCGCCCGAUGACCCCUGCCAAGGACGGCGAGGAAAGACAGGCCGGGUUUGGCAACCCGCUCCUGAGGGGUCAUGCUCGCGACUACCGAGACCCUGGGCCACCACCACCAACACCGCCCAAGACAGGGUAUGGAUACGGAUCACCUCAGUCCCUGAAGGACGGCGCUGAUAGCGGCUAUAGCAUUGGCCUCAUGAACGGCAAUAGCAAUGGCAAAUCCGUCGACAUGAAGAGCUCCAGUGGCUCGCUCAGAUCCAACAAGGGCGGUCACCAAAUUGUUGGUCGGGAAAGCCUGGAUAAGGCCCUGCCCCCGCUUCCCUUCGGCGAUGCACAGACUCGGCCCCAAGGCGUGUCAUAGAACGACAACACUAUGACGGAGGCGAAGGGCACGACGACGGCGCUGGAGCUGGAGAUGGAGAUGGAUAGUUCGCCGGGUUCCUAGGAGUCACCGACGAAAUGUGCGCGACGGAAAUGGGAGGCGGUGAGGGAAAGGUUCCUGCGGGACGUUGUAGACGGAGGAGAAAGAGCCUCAGUGCUUGGUUACUAGAGUUGAAGGACGGGCGAGAGAGCGGCAUGAUGGGGAAGAGAAGGAAGGAGAAGGACAGGGUGUUAGUGCGGACGGAGCCGAGGAUGAAAGGAAGGUGAUACGGAAGACGACGAAGACCUAAUCCACAAUUUCCUCUUGAACUUCGCAACGAAUUUCUCUUCCAUCAAAUAUCGCUCGGUCUCCCUCCCUCCCUCCCUGUUCUAUGUAUCCUUCCUUCCCGCUCCCCGGUUGACUGCUUGAGUGCACUUCAUUGGUUGGCAGCGGCAGUACAAAAAGGGUAAAGGGGGGAGGCAAAGCCACAACGACAAGAACGAACAAGUCAGCAAUUCAACAUCACCACACCGGAAACCACAACAAACAACUAUAAGCCAUGAUACCACACCAUAUUUACUGUUUGGCGUUGUCUUUUUUUAUAUUUUUUCUCUUUCUUUUCUUUUUGGGGGGGAAGCAUCGAUCGGAGCGACAGCAACGAGAGGAAGGAAGGAUGGGAGGAGGGAAAGCAUUGACUAUUCUUUUAGACCUGUUGUCAACUAUUUUUUUUUUUCUACUUGACCCCUUUUUUGUCUAUAUUUCUUUCCCUUUGGCUUUUCAUCCUACUUGUUUCUUUUGUUGAUCGAAUCAGUCAGCGGAUCAGUGUCUUGGGAGGAAAGGAGGGACUUGUGUGUGUGAGUGAAGUGAGUUGAGCUUAGCCAAUUAGAGCAUGGGGGAGUUGAGGCGGAGGAUCUUUCUCUAGUGUUCUCCCAAAACCAAAAUCAGAUCAGACAGAUAUCAAGAUUAUAAAAUGUCAAUAGGUACCUAGGUUAUUUUCACUGUUGUCCAUGGGGAAUCAAGUUGUAAUUGCAAUUGGUACUACUUGUGCGGCUAUGCUAUGCCUGCGUCUCGCGCCAGCGUCUAUCCAUUUC